GUGAAUUGCUUCUCAACUCCACACAAGUACUGCAGAUGUAGGAGAGAAACCAAACACACAUCACAACCUCCGUGAAAGACCUACUCCAAUACCGACGCAACCAUGUCAAGAAAGCCGGCCAAGGGCGAGUAUAUUGAGACCGUAAGCUCCCUGACCCCCCACACCCAUGGUUCUCCAACUGACCUCUCGUCUUCGAUAGGAUACUGGCAACAAGGUCUCUAGGCGCUCCCAGAUCAUCGGCACGACGAAUAUCAUUCUAGGUGGCAAAACGGUCAUACAAGCUGAAGUCAUCAUUCGUGGGGAUUUACUGCGUACUUCUUCCAGUGUCCCCGAUGGAGGAAAGCAGUCGAAUCCUGUGGCGGUUGCUAUUGGGCGGUAUUGCAUUUUUAGCAGAGGGUGCGAGCUGAGACCGCCGGGGAAGAUGUAUAAAGGGUGGGUUCCCGUCAUUCCUUUCCUGUUCUCUCGAACCUAGUGAUGGAAUCAAAGCUCGUAGUCGAAAUGCAACCACAAACUAACGACCUAACCCAGAACAUUCUCCCACUACCCAUUGAAAAUUGCAGACCACGUAUUCAUAGGCCCUGGCUCCAUUAUUGAAGCUGCCCUCGUCGGCUCCCACGUUUCGAUCGGUGCCAACUGCGUCAUUGGGAAGUUUACAAUCAUUAAGGACUAUGUCAGGAUUUUGGGGGGGACUGUUGUGCCGCCGAAUAUUGUGAUUCCGAGUUUCAGUGUUGUGGCUGGGAGACCUGGGAGGGUUGUGGGAGAGAUUGCGGAGGGAGAGGUUGAAGGGUUUGAUUUGAGGGAGCUGUAUAGGAGUGUGGGGAAUAAUACUUGAGAGCGAAGAGAAGCUUUGGAUUUUGCGAUGAGAGCGAUACGAAAGCGCCUGGGGGGCAACGGAUAUUCCAAUAUCCAGUCGAUGACCUACACAGCUCCUAGGGAUGGUAUAUUUUGGUUGAUGGGAGAAAUGUCGAAUUAUGGAGGAAGAGCAACGAUACCCAAUCUUUUUACGGAGUUUGCGGAAAUGCUGACAGAGUCAGACACCCAUUAGUCCCGGGCAAGAUCCGUGAAGGAACUUUUCCAUUGGCGAGUUGAUUUAGGAAGGAAAUUGAUAUCCAACGGCACUUCGCCACUUCAAUUCGUGGAAUUCGUGGUGCCAUACGGUAGACACGAGACUUUGCGUGCAGAGCUUUCACGCACAAGAAUCGACUUGACAGCUUCCAAAUUGAAGCUAUCUUCUCAUGGAUAUUGAAUGAAAGGCCAAGCUCUCAACAACUUCAUGUGAGUUUGCUUGUUAAGCAUAGGUAAUUUGUUAAUAAUGCUCGGUCUAUCCAAAGCAGAGAUAGUACCCACUUCUGACAUCUCACUCACCUCCCAAUGUAACCCUCUCGAAUUCAGUCAGCUUUUCUAUGGUUCAACCUUCUUAUUUCGUAUCGUUUUCCGUAUAUCCGUAUCCCUUGACUUCAGUUGAUCGCCUGCUCGUCUUGACGCCAUCAAUCGUAGGUUGAAUCGCGGGGCGAAAGUUUGCCAGUGGAUGUUAGUAGAGUGAACAUACUUGUCUGCAUCCCAUUCGCACGAGUACUCAUAAACCACAAGGACUUGAAUCUCUCUAUUCCAAAAUGC